AGGAUGUUUCCAUUGUUUUUCAUCCACGUAAAUAAUGCAUGGUCACAAACAAGUUCGCAGCCAUCAGAUCAACUAGUGAACUCUAAGUCUCUGCCAAAGAGGCAAAAACUCGACAGGGAAAUUUGUUCAGAACUUGGGUGCUACAGCAGCCAGUUCCAAUUCGACCGGAAAUUAAAUGCUCAGGCUAAAUGUCUACUGCUCUUUAAUCCCUUGUCCAAGGGAAAUCAAACUUGGAAGCUGCCACAGAUCAUGGAUCAUUAAGUACCAUCUAGCUCAAUCUGCUCAAAAACCAUUUUCUUCAGUUUCUGUCAAGGCCUUGAAGGAUGAGACAGAUGGAGGCACAAGCAGCUUUCCAGGCCGGAGAUGGGAUCCUGGCUUGGAAAUUGAGGUCCCUUUCGAACAAAGACCGGUGAAUGAGUAUGCAUCUCUGAAAGAUGGAGUCUUGUAUUCUUGGGGUGAACUGGGUCCACAAUCACUUUUUCUUCGUCUUGGAGGUCUCUGGUUAGUAACCUUCGCAACUCUUGGAGUCCCAAUUGCAGCUGCAAGUUUCAAUCCUGAAAAGGAGCCCUUACGAUUUGUUCUGGCUGCUGGAACCGGAACUCUGCUCCUUGUUUCACUGAUAGUCCUAAGAAUUUAUCUGGGAUGGAGUUAUGUUGGAGAUAGACUUCUAUCGGCAGUGAUUCCCUAUGAGGAGAGUGGAUGGUAUGAUGGACAAAUGUGGGUCAAGCCACCGGAGGUCCUGGCUCGUGACAGAUUGUUGGGCUCUUACAAGGUUAAACCAGUCAUAAAACUGCUGAAACAAACAUUAGUAGGAACAGGUGCAUUACUCGUUACAGGAGUAUUACUAUUUAUCUUUGCCACACCAGUGGAGAAUUUCUUUCAAAACAAUUUUGCCACAAAAGAGAGGCCAUCAAGUGGUCCAACUUCAAAUAUCAACACAAAGUAUAAUGUCAGAAAAGAGGAAUUGCUCAGUUUGCCAGUGGAGGUUAUGGCUGAUGAUGAUUUGGCAGAAGCUGCAGCCAAGGCUGCUGAUGGAAGACCAGUCUACUGCCGAGAUAGAUAUUAUCGCGCAUUAGCAGGUGGGCAGUACUGCAAAUGGGAAGAUCUUCUUAAAUAAUGGGCAAAAAAGAGGAAUGGGUUGUCCUUAAUUUCAUACAUUUGUAAUUUGAGCCCACUGGAGUACAAGUUUGAAGUUUAUCUAAAGUUUUAUCCUUUUAUUUUCAA